AUGGGCUAUCCAGUUAUCUUUGUGUUUGAAAGCAUCUACUACCCCAUUCUUGCAGCAGUUGGCAUUACAGUUAACCUGGUGGCAAUCAUAAUCCUGUGCCGGGGAAAAUGCGGACUCUCCAAAUGUGUUACUCGCUAUUUGGUUGCCAUGGCAGUGGCGGAUCUAAUGGUAGUGAUCUCCGAAGUCAUACUGAAGCGAAUUAACAACAUUUAUUUGCCGAUAAACAUUUUGUUCAUCACUCCAGUCUGCGCCAUGAAACUUGUCGUUAAACAUGCAGCCCUCGAUUGCUCUGUUUGGUUCACGGUCGCUUUUACUUUUGAUCGUUACGUAGCCAUUUCUUGUCAAAAUCUCAGACCAAGGUACUGUACCCCGAGGACAGCAAGAGUGGUUAUAAUAUCUGCAUGUACACUGGCUUGUUUAAGGAGCAUCCCUUACUACUUUAUGUAUGAACCCAAAUAUUAUAUUAACAACAUCCCUUAUUUUUGCAUUGAAACUCUUGCCUAUCAUACCUCGCCACUGUGGGUUGCGAUUGAGUGGUUUGACAGUAUUUUAAACCCUUUCGUACCAAUCAUUUUCAUCCUUUUGUUCAAUGCCUUUACAGUCAAACAUAUCAUAAGGUCCAAUAAAAUCCGUAAAGCACUCAUGAAUAAUGUGGACAAUCAUGAUUCUGAGACUGACAACCGUAAGAAGUCUAUGAUUUUACUCUUCACUCUAUCUGGCAACUUCAUCCUGCUCUGGCUGCCAUAUUUUGUUCAUUCCUUAAAAUGGCAAAUGAACAACUACAAUUACCAGGACAAGUAUUACAGCAACCCCAUAUACAUCAACCAGCAAACGGGAUUCAUGUUGCAACUACUCAGUUCCUGCACCAACACUUGCAUCUAUGGACUGACGCAGAGGAAGUUCAGACAGGAGCUGAAAAAUGGGGUGAAGUAUCUGGUCACACUGAAUGGGAAACUCUGUAACUAG